AUGCUGAUGGAAGCUAAGGGAACCGACGGUAAAGAAGUAAUGGAAGACUUCGAUGAAUACUGGAAAUCAAAGAAUGGGGAACACAUAGUUGAUGAAGCAGAAAGGCAACUACGUAUACUGGAAAAGAGGCUGAUCGAAAUCAAAUGUCAGGACAUAUCAGUCAAACAGGAAAUGGGCCUAGAGUCACCCUAUGUGGGACGGUCGACGGAAUUACAAGGGACACAAAACACAGCAAUGAACGUCGUCACGGAUCUUGUGGAUCCCUAUUUACAAAAUCGGGAAAUACAUCAAAGGCUACGGAACUUAUGGCAAUCACUAGAUCGACGCCUCAUGGGCAAUGAAUUGAAAAUCCCGGAAUUCAGUGGAAAAGCGUCGGACUUCGAUUCGUUUUGGGAACUGUUUGAGGAGCUGGUUGAUAAGCAACCGUACUCGAACAUUGAAAAGUUUUCAAUACUGAUCAACUGCUGCGCCGCACGGGCUAUUCAGAUGAUCCCAAGAACGGGCGACUCAUACGCAAAGGCAGUUGACCAGUUGAAAAGGCAAUAUAGGGAUCCACAUAGAGUCACCAUGGAAAUGAUCAGCAAGUUGAAAUCAAUGCGACCAUCCAGGGAUGGUUCCAGGUUGCUAAGAAACACUCUGAACGACGUUCAAGCG